AUGGAACCACGAACCGCAGAGAAUUGCAGGCACAGCUGCACAGUGAAGCCUAAGGCGACGACGGUUUCAUCAGCAUCAGCAGAAAUCAACGACGAAACGGACAGUGCUUUCCCGCUCCUCGAUGCAGCGGACGAAGAGGAGCGAAAUUUCGGCAGAGACCUCGCGGACGCCCACUGCGUUACGACCCCUGCUACCACAUGUGGAACACCACCCGUAGCGGAAGCUGCAGGUACGGCAAGUGUCUAUUCCGCGUCGACACCAGAGGCCGACGACUUCUUUGAAGGAGGCUUGGAUAUUCCCGACGAGAUGUCGCCAGGAGAGCGGGUGUCGGCGAGGGCAACCCCUCCCGGUGGUUCCCCCACAGAUUGCUGUGGAGCGAGAACGGAAGAGAUGAUCUUCGGUCGACUUGCAGCACUCCACGCGAAGGAGCGGGAACUUAGCCUAAAUCUGAGUCCGCUACAGGGGGGCACCACGGAGCCUGAUCCGCAGCCUCUGGUGAAAGAGGUGAAGUUUGCACACGAUGUCCUGAAGCCACCUAAAGUCAUACUACCUCCUGAUUGGUUGCCAUUUGUCGCCCCAGAUUUGUGUUGUCGUCGUCGACUUGCCGAAACCCUCAAUAUGCCAGCCAAAAAUUUAACCAUGGUCCCGCAGCCGCAGCUGUCAUUCUACGACGCGGAGGUUGUGCAGAAGCGCUGCGUUGCCCCUGAUGGAAAUUGUCAAUUCCGUUCGGUCAGCUACGCCCUGCUUGGCACCGAGGAAGCGCACAUUGAACUCCGUCGACAAGUGGCACAAUAUCUGAAGGACAACUUCAGCCGACUUUCCUGGCUGAUAAACCCGGACAGGUUGCAGGAAGAGGACUGGAGAAUGGCUAAACUCGACAAGAAAUAUAAAGUUAGAGUUCCGUAUAAGGGCUCCAGAAAAUAUCCCGUAGUGGACGCAGAUGAACUCAAAAGGAACUGGGUUAUCAGACUUGGAGACGUGAGAUACCGGAUUUGGGGAGACGAGUGCACUCUCGCAGUCAUUGCUGAGAUGUACAAUAUCUGUAUCGUUGUUGAGCAACAGGAGCAGGACGGACGUCGUGCCACGCAGAUGGGAUCACAUGCAAUAGAGGUGAUCAGACCUUACGAUGUCUCGAGUGAUUAUCGCCUUCCAACAAUAUUCCUGAUCUUCGAGAUUCGGCAACAGCAUUACAACGUUGUGGAGAGGGUGAAACGAAGGUGA